GUACAAAUUAAUCAUAUUAAAAAUGUCUUCCUCGAACAAUACUGCAUCAAAGGGUCCCGGACUCGGCAGAACCCUUACCAAUUUCGCUAUCGGAGGUCUUUCUGGAAUGAUGUCCACUUGCGUCAUUCAGCCUAUCGAUAUUGUCAAAGUUAGACUACAAGUCAGAGGAGAAAGUGGCUCAAAGAAUUUAUCCCCAUUCUCCGUUGCGAAAGAGCUUAAAGCAGAGGCAGGCAUUAAGGGAUUCUAUAGAGGGCUAGACUCUGCUCUGGUGAGACAAGCAACCUAUACAACCGCUAGAUUCGGUAUCUACCUUAAUGUUACUCAGUCCAUGAAGAAGAAUCUUCCGGAAGGUCAAGAAAAUAUCUCAUUUGGACAAAGAUGUCUUGCAUCCCUCAUUGCAGGAGGACUUGGGGCUUGGUUCGGUAACCCAGCAGACCUUGCUCUCAUCAGACUCCAGACUGACUCUACCCUUCCAAAGGAGCAGAGAAGGAACUAUAAGAACGUCGCAGACGCAUUUACAAGGAUAGCAAGAGAAGAAGGAAUUGCAGCUUUAUGGAAGGGAGUUGGUCCAACCAUGGUAAGAGCUAUGUUCCUAAACCUUGGUAUGCUCGGACCUUACGAUCAAGCAAAGGAGAUGAUCUCUAAGAUCACCGGACCAACCAAAGUAGCUAACUUCGGUGCUUCAGCCAUCGCUGGGUUCCUUGCGUCAUUCCUUAGUCUUCCUUUCGAUAAUGUCAAGACAAAAUUACAAAGAAUGAAGGCAAAUCCAGAUGGAACUGUUCCAUACAAAGGAAUGAUGGACUGCGCCAUGAAGACCAUCGCCAAGGAAGGACCUCUCGGCUUCUACACUGGAUUCCCCACCUACUACUUCAGAAUCGCUCCUCACGCCAUGCUGACCUUACUCUUCAGUGAUGUUCUUAAGUCCAUCCUCUACAGCUAACUGCAUUCUAAAAAUUCCAAAAUUA